UCACCGGAUGUGGGGUCGCGUAACUGCUUCUGUCUUGACGUCGCUGGUAGGAAAAGGCGUAGCUAGUAAACAUAAAGACAGAAAGACGAAAAUAAAACCCUAUUAAACCUUAUUUUCGGUUCAUGUACAAGUGUUUCGGCGUCGUCGGGUUUCCAGUUACCGCACGUGGUCGUCAUAGUGACUGUCAACGUUCAGCAGAACGGGACUGUUGGGGCGUUAGCCACCUAGCCGUAGCCACAGCAGCAGCAGCAGCAGCCGUUAGCAUUAGCAUCAGCACCGGGGACGAUAAAGAUGAUAGCGCUGAUUAACAAGCUGCUGGACUGGUUCAAGGCGCUCUUCUGGAAGGAGGAGAUGGAGCUGACCCUGGUGGGGCUGCAGUACUCCGGGAAGACGACCUUCGUCAACGUGAUAGCGUCCGGACAGUUCAGCGAAGACAUGAUUCCCACGGUGGGAUUCAACAUGAGGAAGAUCACUAAGGGCAACGUCACCAUCAAGCUGUGGGAUAUCGGUGGCCAGCCCCGGUUCAGGAGCAUGUGGGAGCGUUACUGUCGAGGAGUCAGCGCCAUCGUUUACAUGGUGGACGCAGCCGACCCAGAGAAGAUCGAAGCCUCCAAGAACGAACUCCACAACCUGCUGGACAAACCUCAGCUCCAAGGAAUUCCUGUUUUGGUUCUGGGGAAUAAGCGGGAUCUGCCUGGAGCUCUGGACGAGAAGGAGCUCAUAGAGAGGAUGAACCUGUCGGCCAUCCAGGACAGAGAGAUCUGCUGCUACUCCAUCUCCUGCAAGGAGAAAGACAACAUCGACAUCACUCUCCAGUGGUUGAUCCAACACUCCCGGACUAAGAGGAGUUCCUGAGAAAUGACUCGACCCGACAGAACAGGCCAAGCCCACCUGACCCCAAACCCCUCCCCCCUCCCUCCUCCUCCCCCCUCCCUCCCAGCUAUCCUCCCCCCCGUCUACCUCUCCACCACCACAUUAACCCCCCCCCCCCCCCCCCCCCCCGUGAUGCACAGAUACCUCUUAAAUUAAAAGUUAAAGCAGAACCAGGAAGAACUCUGUGUUUUCUGGAGAUUCAUGACGGGAUUUUUAAACAUUUCUUUUAGUUUUGCAUCGUCCUUCCUCCGUGUGAACGAGACCUGCAGACGUUCUGGUGAAUACGACUUAAGUUCUUAAUGUAUAGUUUUUGUUUUAGCCUGUGAAAACACGUCCUCGGCUCCAUCAGUGCAGGUGUUACUGGGGUUUCGGAGACAUUUCGGUGCAGUAUUUUCAUUUGAAUCCAGGAAACAGAAGCAGGACGCUCUGAGUUCCUGGUGAUGGAGUGUUAUUUAUUCAGGGUUUGCAGGUCAGAGCCGGUGUUUGCUUUGUGGGAGCGCUGAAGGUGAAGUGGUAUCCGUGCAUCUGCUCAGAUCCUCACAACAGACACAGUCAUUUCAUCACAACCUGAACCUGAGUAAAAAGGAAAAAGCCUGUUUUUCCUUUAACGGCCAUAAAGAGACUGGUUUAGCCUCGUUAGCCUCGUUAGCAUCGUUAGCAUCGUUAGCCGACGCCUGUUGUGUGGAUCUGAUCUUUUCCCAUCAUCCUCCUCUUCCCCUCUCAUCCUUUCCUCCAUCCAUCCCUUCAUUAUUUCACAUUUAUAUAACCCCUCCUCCUCCUCCUCCUCUUCCUCCUCCUCCUCCUCUUCCUCCCCCGUCCGUUGUAAACUGCUUGUCCUCCUCCGUAUUCCUUCUUUCUUCUCGUUUCUUAAUUUUGGAUGUUCUCUUUCUUCCCUCGUCGCCCCCUCGCCGUCUUUCUCUCUCUCUCUCUCUUUUUCUUUUUCUUUUCUGCCGAGCGACGGAUUAAAAACCUUUUUAUUGCACUGUUGAUUUUUGGUUUUGUAAGAUAUUAAUAAUGAGAAUAAUGUUAAUAAUCUUCUUAUUGUGACAUAACCUGAUCUGUCCAGACUUAAGGAAGUGGUACUUUAACUGGUUAUCGUUUCUGUUCAUAUCUCUGUAAUAAGCUUUUUGUUUGUUUCAUAUUUGUUUUAUAUUGUCUUUAUUUUUUACCGUUGGUUCUUUUUGACUCGUAAAAAUCCACCGUGGUCGUUCUGCUCUCAGGUGGCUGCUGAUUGGACCAGAGGUGUCAUGUGAUCUCGUGUGUUAAAUCAUCAGCAGCUUUUAACUUUUAACAUGUAUUCAUGUUAUUUUAUUUCCUGAUUCGUGACGUCAGGUGCUUCUUUAAAACAAAAACGGAACAAAAAUAAACCUAAUAAAAAAGAGAAGGUCUGGCUGCAAACUCUGAAUUAAAACAAAUAGUUUGAAUUUAAUGAAUUCAUGCAUCAAAUCUUUAAAUAUUUACUUAUUUAAAAUGCAAAAAUUCAACGACGUCAUGCUGCUGUUUAUUUAUUGGUUUCUGAUCAAAGACUUCAGAUUUUUUCUUAUUAAAAUUGAGUUAUAAUCUGAAUUAUACAAAGAUGAGACGUCAAACAUUUAGGAUUUAACCUGCAGCCUUUAAUAUUUAAUCUGUCAGAGUUAGAGAUCAGAGGACAUUUUCACUUUAAUGUGUGAAAAUAAUCCGUUCGUAGAAUAAAAGGCUUGAAAAUUCAUCUUGUCUGUUUGAAAACAAAACCUCACAAAGAUCCUCACGUCCUGGUCCAGCAGCCAAUCAGACGGCAGAAUGAAUCAGCCUUUCUGUACUAAGUGGUCAAACAUGUGGGAGCUUUACACUGUCGGGACAAACGAGAUGUUUUCACACAGAAAUAUCGUCGUCUUUCCAAACAGCUGCGUGUUUCUGUCCCUCUGGAUUUAUUCCACCAGGAGAAAACCAGCAGCUCGUCAGCGUCCGUGUGAAUCUGGUCUCGUUCCUCCUCAAACAUCUUUAUCCAAACGUUGGCUUUGACUCUUCAGAGACGUGAGGAACCUGUGGCGACGUACGCUUGAGCCAAACUCACGUACGUCGCUUCCACCGCGGCAUCAACCAUUUAUUUCUUGAUGCCGAAACCAAAUUUAGUGCAAGAUCCAACACCUUUAUAACCAACAAUGUGAUGUUUGACCCACAAAGAGCGAGAGAGCGAGCGUCUCCUUUAGCUCGACAGUGAAAAGCUUCCGGUUUCUCAGAGCUUCUGUCUGAAGGAGCCGUGGUAACGUCGUUCUGCAGCUGCUUCAGGUCUCAGGUUCUGGUGUUUUCUGAACCAGCAACGCGACUCUUAGUUCUUCACACUAGACCAGAUUAGAAAGAGGACGUCUCAGUCUGAUCCUUCAUGUGUUAAACGGUCGGUUCACCAGCCGCUGCUGUGGGUCCUGAUCGCUGUCUUGUGUUUGCAUGCUGAGGCCGGGGGGUGGGGGGGUUUAUGGGGGGGUACGUACGUCCACGUCCGUGGCACCUGAGGAUCUUAAAACGGCCUUAAAAUCCAGUGUCAACCUGAGGGAGAGCGACGCAGGCGCACGACACAAAGAAGCGAACUGGAAACAAGUGCAAUAAAGCAGCGAGCGUCGUGGUUUUAGCUGCUUCGUCUUCUCUCCCAGGAUGAAAUGACGCCCGUGGGCUCUCACUGCUUCUCUCACAGGCCGACACGUUGGAAUUUGGUCAAUGUGAUUUGAAGUUUGACCUGUUUUUUUAUUGUUUUUUUUAUUUUAUUUUACGGGAGAUAAUUUAGUGAAGACCUGUGAUCCUGCACGUGCAAACUGAAGCUGAUGGAUUGUAAUGGAGGCUAAAGCAAACAGCUCUGCAGUAAAUGCUCCUCUCAACGUCAGAACUGGUAGUUUGUUUAGGAGGUGAACUGUCUGCGGUUUCUACUGUUAUUUAUAUGAGGCCAAAUAAGAAACCAGUGCAGUCAAACCAAGACGGAAUUCACUCUAGAGAGAUGUACCUAAUAAACUGGCAGUUAUGCCAAAUACAGCUGCAGAAUAAAACCUAAAGAAAGAUCAACGUAUGGUUUUACCUUAACAUUAAAUCAGUUGAGAUGUUAAAUCUCAGUGAGCUGCUGUUGGAUCAUUUCUGCAGCUAAAGACUGAAAAACUAAAAUGAUUUAACUCUACGUUUGCUCACUAAGUUGUAAGUUGCAGAGCUUUACGAUGAUCUGCAGCCUUGAACAAUGAGCUACAAGGUGCAUGAGUUUUAGGCAGAAACGUCGCAGAGAGAAGCGGCUCUGAUGUGAACGUGGAUCUGAUCCAAAAGCUUCACUGACCCGGGUCUAGUUGGGAUCGUUUGCUCGUGCAGGAUGGACACGGUGGGACGGCCUGUCAGUCUGAACCUGUUUGUACAUCAUUGUUUGAUUCAGUUGUUAAAAUGUGUUUUAAUAGAAACAUGCUUGUGUAUGAUACUAAUUAAAUACUAUGGAGAAACGG